GUCGGCCACUGGCACAAUAACACUCUUGAUUGAUCCGCGAGCAGCGCAGGAUUUACUCCAUCAACCUUUUCAUUUUCAGCCGUCCUUUAUUUUAUUACCCUUAAAACAAUGGCAGACACAAAAGUGGACUCUGGCUCGGAUAUCUCUGCCAAGGACCUGAAGGAGAAGAAGCUGGCGGAGGAGAAGGAGAACGGGAAGGAUGCUGCCACCAACGGAAAGGAGAACGAGGAGAACGGCGAGCCCGAGGUAGACGAGGAGGACGAGGAAGAGGUGGACGAGGAGGACGAGGAAGACGACGGAGAAGGUGACGAGGAGGACGAGGAGGAAGACGACGACGAGAUCGAGGGCGGCACAAAACGGGCGGCUGAGGACGACGACGAUGACGACGAGGACGACGUCGAAACCAAGAAGCAGAAAACCGACGACGACGAUUGAUGCCCCCCCCUCACUCGUACCCCCCACCCCCCCCGGCGCCAUCCUGCUGAACCACUUCCUGGUUCUUCACUCUGACAGCUUUUCUACGUCGGGGUGGAGCGGCGGGAGGAACUGACCCGAGGAACCACCAAUAAACAUCCAACAUGGUCAUUAGCAAGUAGUUCAACAAGCAUCACCCCCACCCCAGCCCCCCCGGCCCCCCGGUCCCCCGGCUCCCUCAGCGCUGCAAAACGAGUUUUCUAGAGGAUCCCAGGAAAUCCGGCUUCUCUUCAACAACCCCAACGGAGAAUUUGUUUGUAUUUUUAUUUACAUUUUAUAUUUUUGUACAUAUUGUUAGGAGGGGGGGUCAGUUUCUCUCUGGGCAGCGAUCGACAGACCAAAUCGGUGCUUCUUCUUUAACAAAAAAAGAUUUUACUUGGUUGACCAUGUUCAGAUAUCUCAGCAGAUGCUAGAAAAACAUGUAAAAAAGAGUUAAAAAAUACAAAAAAACCUGAAAGAAAACCUCUUAAACAGUUGAACUCAGAGCAUUCCAGUAAAUUUAAUGUAUGUACUUUAGCUGUACCAUAACUAGUUUGUUUGUAUGGGAGGGCAAGGCCAAAGAAAAGAGCCUCUUUUCUUUCCUUUUUUCUUUUGUUUUUGUCAGCGACUUUUGUUUUAUGACGGCCUGUUUUGAUGUAUGUGCGAAGUUUGUUGUUUGACAAUAAACCGGACUUUUAUUUUGUGA